UACAUUUUUAUUUGAUUGUAGUUAAAAAUUUCUAAAAUAAGUAUUGUCAAUGACUUUAAAGCUCAAAUGGAUAAAUUGAAAAAAUCGGUUGAUAAUGCAACAGAAUUAAAUAACAAGAUGAAUAAUGAAAUGAUUAAAAAUCAGGAUUACAAUCGAGAGUUAAAUAACAAGUUGACUAUUUAUCGCAGAAGAUGUAUGUCGCAGAAAGAAUUGUUGGACACACAAAUUGCUAAAGGAGAAGACUCUGUGGAAACACUCAAAACCCAAAUUAAUAAACUCUUAGAAAAUGAUUUUCAAUGUGUUAUUUGUAAUGAAUUGGUCUAUCGGCCAAGUACAACUAAUUGUGCUCACACUUUCUGCGAAGGCUGUCUCAACUCAUGGUUGGAUAGAAGCAAUCAGUGUCCUAUCUGCCGAAGCCUUGUAAUUUCUACAACUUACUCUUUUUCUUUGGACAAUUAUAUCACAAACCUAUGUAACCUUCUGGGUGGAACAAUAAAAGAACAACGUCUUACUCUACAAAGUGAAAGUAAGGACUUUUAAGUGAAUUGUGUCUACAGUGAAACCUCGAGAACUCGAAUCGGUCGACGACAAAAGAAAAUUUGAGUUAUAGAAGAAAUGUGGUGUAAUUGGGUACAUUUUAUUGAAAUGCAGGGGCCAAGACGUUCUUUCGAAUUAUAGAAAAUUUGACUUAUAGAUGUUU